AUGUUUAUUAUCAGGUUGCAGGUUGGUGAUGGAACAGCCCGGCUGCUUCUUGGUGUAAUAUCCGAUCUUAAACUCCCUCAUCCACCUCCAGUUGCUACAGUGCCUCUGGGAACUGGAAACAAUCUGCCUUUUUCUUUUGGCUGGGGAAAGAAAAAUCCUGGUACAGACCGCCAAUCUGUAUUGUCAUUUUUGGAGCAAGUAAAGACUGCAAAGGAAAUGAAAAUCGACAGCUGGCACAUUAUCAUGAGAAUGAAGACCCCUGAGGAAGGUUCUUGUGAUCCUAUUGGGCCUCUUGAACUACCCCAUUCUUUGCAUAAGUUUCAUCGCAUCUCUCAAACAGACAAACUAAGCAUGGAGGGUUAUCACACAUAUCGUGGAGGAUUUUGGAACUACUUCAGCAUGGGAAUGGAUGCACAAAUAUCAUAUGCAUUUCACUCUGAGAGGAAAUUGCACCCAGAAAAAUUCAGAAAUCAGUUAAUUAAUCAGAGUACUUAUGUAAAGCUUGGAUGUACUCAAGGUUGGCUUUUCGCUUCUCUUUUUCGUCCUUCAUCAACGAGCAUAGCUCAGCUAACAACAGUUAAGAUCAUGAAGAAACAAGGCCAAUGGGAGGACCUCAACAUACCUCGCAGCAUUGGCUCUAUCGUCUGCCUAAAUUUGCCUAGUUUCUCUGGUGGAUUCAAUCCUUGGGGAAAACCAUAUAGGAAGAAAUUUCAUGAUAGGGGCUUGACUCCUCCUUUUGUAGAUGAUGGCCUGAUUGAGAUAGUCGGUUUUAGAAAUGUCCUGCAUGGGCUAGUUUUGCUUGCGCCAAAUGGACACGGGACUCGUUUAGCACAGGCAAAUGCAGUCCGAUUUGAGUUUAAAAAGGGUGCAGCCGAUCACACAUUUAUGAGGAUCGAUGGAGAACCAUGGAAACAACCCCUUCCAGUAGAUGAUGACACAGUGGUAGUGGAAAUAUCUCACUUUGGUCAAGUAAGCAUGCUUGCUACCCCAUUUUGCCGCUCCCAGAGUGUGUACAAUCCUUCUUCACCUAUCAGUCACGAUGAGGAUAACGAUAGUGCUGACGAAGGAGAAUCUCUGGACGAUGAUUGGGAAGAAAAAAGAAAGUUCGGAGCAGCUGACACGUUCAAAUUUCCUGAUGAAUUUGACAUAACUCAACUCAAUCAUCAGAAUCAUUGAUGUCGAUUUUAUUGAUUCUUCUUCACAUUUGCCUUUAGAUUAAGAGUAAUUGCUAAUAGUGCUGAAGUGAAGAAUUUGUAAUUUGUAACAAAAUUAUGAUCUAAUUCUUGCUUAAUUUCAACCAAGGUUUUCAAAUUGAUGCUUAGAUUGUUGCUUGUCCCUAAUUAUUCUAAUUAUUUUGUCUAGUUGUGGUAAUUUAUUGUUUAGGAAAGGAUUUGAUAUGAAUUUCAACAUAAAAGUUUAUUAGUACAAUAUUAUGAAGGAAAAAUAGAAAACAAUCAAUACAUAUAUAUCAAUGAACAAGAAUUUGAACCUCCCAAACAGAACAGCCCAUCUCAUUUUCCCAUU